GCUGCUGCUUGAGUUCCUCUGCCUGCUGAAAUAAAUGUGCCGUUCUGGUACAUUUACACUGUGUUUGUGCGGCCUCAUGUUAAAUGCAGUGUGCAGCUUUGAGCACAGUGAGGAUGGUGAAGGGCUUUGGGGGGAAGGAAGCCAUAUGAAGAGCAGCUGAGGUCACUUGGUCUGUUCACUCUGGGAAGAUAAACAGACCAAGAUGAAAAGAGGCUAAGGGGAGAUCUCACUGUGGUCUUCAGUGUCCUUGUGAGGAGAAGAGGAGGGGCAGGCACUGAUCUCUGUGGUGACCAGUGACAGGAACCAAGGGAACGCCUGAAGCUGUGUCAGGGCAGGUUGAGGUUGAAUAUUAGGAAAAGGUUCUUCACCCAGGGAGUGGUAGGGCACUGGCUCCCAGGGAAGUGAUCACAGCACCAACCUGACAGAGCUCAAGAAACAUUUGAACAACAUUGUUGUGUACAUGGUGACUCUUGGAGGUGGUCAUGUGUAGAGCUGGGAGUUGGAUUAGAGAUGAUUCUUCCAACUCAGAAUAUUCUGUGAUUCUGAAAAAAAAUGGUGGUUUGUAAAGGAAAUGGCUAUUUGGAGUAAUCAGUGGGGAUAAUUCCUAAAUGAGCAGCCCCCCUCUUGGCCUCAGUGAGUGAGAUCCCCGUGGGUGAGCUGGCCUGUCCCAUGGCAGGACCACCCUCGGACAGGGUUUUUGCCCACCUGCAUGGUGACGGUCCCUGGCUGCCCACACACCUGCCUUGCACAACAGCGCUCUGGCGCUGAGGGCUGGUUUUGCCUUCAUCAUCAACUUUCAGAGAAGAAACUAAGAGCACAAAAAAGGAGUGAAGAAAAUGCACAGGUCAGAAGAUGGACAAGGAGGAUAGAGGAUGUUCAUGUAUUUGCUUUGGAAAAGAACACACAGAGUGGACAGAGGUUUUACCUUGUGACAACAUAUGAAGAGCUUUGGUAUUAUUACACUCAAGGUUGCAAAACAAGUCUGAUGCAUUGCUAUGAAGUAAUUCCUGAAAAAGAAGCUUGCAAACUUUAUUUUGAUUUGGAGUUUUACAAACCAGCAAAUCCUGAUGCAGAUGGCAAGAGUAUGGUCAUGAAGUUAAUUGAGCUUGUCAGCCAAAAAUUAAAAGAAUUUUAUGAUGUAAAUUGUUCAUCAGAUGAUGUCUUGAACUUGGAUUCCAGUACUGAUGAAAAAUUUAGUCGGCACUUAAUUUUUCUGCCCCAAAAAACUGUGUUUAAGGAUAACACUCAUAUUGGUAACUUUGUGAGAACCAUUUUGCAGCCUGCCAUAAGAUUAAUGCAGAGUAGGGCUGCUGUGAUUGCAACAGAAGAAGCAGGGAAUGUUUUCCAGUGCUCUGCAGGAGCUGGAUUAGAUGGUUCUCUUACAAACCUCCCAGCUGUUAAAGAUGAUUCUAAAGACAGGCCAGCCAUUGCUCAUGAAACAAAGGAUGUGGAAAGGCCACACCAAGGAGAAAAUUGGGAUUUUUCCUUCCUAAUAGUAAACGAUAAAGAAGGCAACAAGCAGCUUUUUGUGGAUCUAGGAGUUUAUACAAAGAAUAGAAAUUUCCGGAUGUAUAAGUCAUCAAAAGCAGGAAAAAAUGUGAUUCUGAAGAUAGCAGAGGAUAAUAAGUUCAUCCCCAACUGUGAAAAGGAUGUUUCCUUGGAAGAAGCAUAUUUUCUUUCCUCUUUAAUCUGCAACGUUGGAGCGAGUGAUGACAUAAAAGUUCUGUCUUCUGGCUUUUCAGAGGAGGAGAGAAAAAUGUCUGCUUUUUUAAACAGUAAAACUACCAGAAGCAGCAGAGAUCCCAUGGAAGGUUACCAGGGUUCGCCAUAUCCAGAAAUUGAUCAUUUUGUUCGUUCCUUGGUUAAUAAAGAUGGGCUGCAAGGAGGGAUAAGACAAUGGAGUUACUUCUCUCUCAAAGAACUACUUAUUUAUGAUAUUUCUGGUUACCGCUGGUGUGAAAAUAUUGGAAGAGCUCACAAAAGUAACAAUAUAAUGAUUCUGGUAGAUCUAAAGAACGAAGUCUGGUAUCAAAAGUGUCACGAUCCUGUCUGCAGAGAACAAAACUUCAAAUCACAAAGUUUCCCAUUGCCGCCUGGGAUAUGCCUCCCAUCCCUUUUCAAAGAGGAAGAAGAGUCCAUGCUAAUGGAGGACAGGGGGCACACAGAAGGAAAAGUACAGCCACAUUCUCAUGUGUCAGACUUGUCAAAAAGCUCAGUAUCUCCAGGGAACAGCUGGUCUCAGGACUUGCUGUUGUCAGACAGUGAGUGGGAAAACACAAGUGAUGAUGCCUGUUUCCUAGAAGCUGCUGAAGAUGUGGAACUAGCUGAAGCUGCAGAUGACAGUCUGAAUCAUGGCAUGGAAGAAAUCCCAGAUGAAGUUCUUUUGGAAGCCUUAGGGAAAGAAGACCUCCACGCUAAAGAAGGCAGCUAAGCACAGGCCUGGCCAGCAGUGAAUGACACCUGGGUGGCUCAUGCUGGUGUGAAAGGUCCUGCAGGGCGGUUCACAGGCACCCCCCAGAGCUGCAGGACAAGGAAUGGAGUGCCUAGUGAACUUCAGCAGGCGUGAGGAGAUCAUGGAAGGCUGCGUGGGGGCUGAAGGGAACGGGACUAGAAUACUCAUUAUGAAUGUGCUCCAAGCUCAGCACUUUUAACGCUCUUUCCUGCACAGUUUCUGUUUUGUUAGUUGUAUGUCCAUGUUUUAUUGAGAAGCCAACAAAGCAGACUUCUUAUUUCCAUAAAAAAGAUUAAAUUAUUUAUCAAAUGCAAAUUUAAUAAACAUAUUUGUUUAUUCA